UGCAGCCAUUGCACCGCUGAGCAUCCCACAUUCAACAGGAGGAACCCGCGGGAGAAGAGCCCCGAGCCCCCCGCGCCUCAGCCGCUGCAGCCCGUGCGCCCCGCGCCCGCGCGCGCCAUGGCCAAGGAAGGCGUGGAGAAAGCGGAGGAGACGGAGCAAAUGAUCGAGAAAGAGGCAGUAAAGGAGCCGGCGGAGGGCGGCGGCGGCUCUCACCGCCUCGGGGACGCCCAGGAGAUGCGCGCCGUGGUGCUGGCCGGCUUCGGGGGGCUCAACAAGCUGCGGGUCACCAGGAAGGCCAUGCCCGAGCCGCAGGACGGCGAGCUCAAGAUCCGCGUCAAAGCCUGUGGUUUAAACUUCAUUGACUUGAUGGUGCGACAAGGGAAUAUCGACAACCCUCCCAAGACCCCCCUGGUGCCAGGAUUUGAAUGUUCUGGGAUUGUUGAAGCUCUGGGAGACAGCGUUAAAGGAUUCGAGAUCGGGGACCGUGUCAUGGCAUUUGUCAAUUACAAUGCCUGGGCAGAGGUGGUCUGCACACCAGUGGAAUUCGUCUACAAGGUCCCAGAUGACAUGAGCUUCUCCGAGGCCGCUGCGUUCCCUGUGAACUUUGUCACGGCCUACAUGAUGCUCUUUGAAGUUGCCAACCUGCGAGAAGGGAUGUCUGUGCUCGUGCACUCUGCCGGCGGGGGCGUGGGCCAAGCUGUGGCUCAGCUGUGCUCCACUGUCCCCAACGUGACUGUCUUUGGAACAGCUUCUACUUUCAAGCAUGAAGCCAUCAAAGACUCCGUGACUCAUCUCUUUGACAGAAACGCAGACUACGUGCAGGAAGUGAAAAGAAUCUCUGCUGAAGGAGUGGACAUUGUUUUGGAUUGCCUCUGUGGGGACAACACUGGAAAAGGUCUCAGCCUUCUCAAACCACUGGGAACCUACAUUUUAUAUGGUUCAUCCAACAUGGUGACUGGAGAGACCAAGAGCUUCUUUAGCUUUGCAAAAUCAUGGUGGCAGGUUGAGAAGGUGAACCCCAUCAAGCUAUACGAAGAGAACAAAGUCAUUGCUGGGUUUUCCCUUCUAAACCUGCUCUUCAAACAGGGCCGUGCUGGCCUCAUUCGAGGAGUGGUGGACAAACUCAUUGGGCUCUACAACCAGAAAAAAGUCAAGCCCGUGGUGGACUCCCUGUGGGCCCUGGAGGAGGUGAAGGAGGCCAUGCAGCGGAUCCACGACCGAGGGAACAUUGGAAAGUUAAUUCUGGAUGUAGAAAAGACCCCGACUCCGCUGAUGGCCAAUGACAGCACAGAGACCAGCGAGGCGGGCGAAGAGGAGGAGGACCACGAGGGUGACAGUGAGAACAAGGAGAGGACACCCUUCAUCCAGUAACCCGGGGCCCGGGCAGGAGGGCGUGAGGAUGCUCUGGAGAAAGAGGACCCGGCUGAGAAAUCUCUUCUGCGCCCCAGUGAACAAAUGCUGUAGUCCAGUGUGUGCUGUGUCUGUCUGCUGUCAGCUGAGCUAAAAAGCUGUUGAUCACUGUUGUUUUUGAAAUUAAGUGCCAAUCCCAUUCCAUGCAGUAUUAUGUCCUUCCCCCAUCUGUGUGUUACACUCUCCCCACUCCCCUGUUUCAAAACCAUCCAUCUUUGGGUCCUUCUCGACAGUUCUAGAACAGCCUUGCAAAUUGAUACAAGUCCACAGGUCCAUUGCUUAAGAGACCAGACAUGGGCAAAGACAAGUUUGGAUUGAAAGGUGUUAUCACAGAGCACUGUCCUAGAAUUCUUCAGGCCAAUGACACUUUUUGCUGCCAGCCGCCCAUGCUUCUGCAAAGAGCGCUUGCCAAUUUGGCUGGCGGAAAGAGGGUAGGCCAGGAGAGGUUUUCACAAGCCCGUAAGUUUAGGAUCUCUCCAAGUUGUAUUGUCCUACUUCCCACUGAAGAGGCAACCUCCUUACAUUCAUUCAAGUGUUUCACAGUCAAAAGGUUAAACCAACCUCCCCUCACCCUCUGAUGCUUGAUUCCUUCACCGGUUCUUAACCAUAAACACAGGGAGAUAGAUGUGGAUAUUUCAGGAUAGAAGAUGGGUCAACAGCCAAAGUAUGAGGACCAGCCACAGAGGUCCCUCCUCUGAAACCAUAUCUCAUGAGCAAAAUCCUCUCCCCGCCACAUAUAUUUAAUUUUAAGAAAACUCACCAGGUGUGGGACUAUUUCAAAGUCAUUACUGAGACUCGCCUAUGUUUGCACACUUGCCAUUGGCAUUACCGAUUCUGCUCUUUUCAUUUCCUGGUACUGAAUAGCAGCCUUUACCUUGGAUCCCCCAAGAAAGAUCUCCUUUGUAGACCAUAUUUGGGGGGAAAAAAUCAAUGAGUAUCUUUCUUCUUGCCAAAGCGUGUUCCAACGUGUCACAAACUAGCGAUACAAAACUCGAUGUUUAGUACCUGAUGCCAAAUAUGUGUUCCUCUCCUCUGAAAUAUAAAAUUAUGGUGCACACUC